AUGUUCCUUGCUCUAUUUGCAGCAACCGUUUUACAAAUUCUGGUGACGUUUUCAACCCCGUUCAUUCGGGUUAUCUACUUCUUGGAGACGUUGGCGUUUGGAGGCGUCAGAUUUGGCUUGUGGGGAUACUGUUAUCUCAGCGACAACGUUUGCUCACCGAAGAGUCUUGGAUACACCUUAAAGCCCGAGUUCUCUGAAGCGGUUUUGAUGCAAACUCUGAUCCUUAUUCCUAUUUCUGCCGGAAUAUCCAUUUUGGCUCUGCUCUGCCUAUUUCCGCUGCUGUGUUUUCCGAGAUUGCGAUACUACCCCCACCCGAUCUUCUUCUUGCUGACGCUACUCGCCUGCCUCACGAGCCUCGCAGCGUUCAUCGUCAUGCUUGUCGUUUUUGCGACGGUGCUGUCAAGGCUCCAUGCGGUCGGUUACACGGCGUCCUUCGGGCCUGCAAUAUGGAUGGAGCUUUCUGCGGCUAUUGUCCUCGUCCUUGUCGCCUUCAACGCGGGCUGCGGAACGUGUUUGGGCGGUAGGUUCGGGCGAAACCCGUCGUAUCUGCCCUACAACUACUAG